AUGAUUGAGCUUGGUCUGAGCCGGAUAUCUCGCCUUGUUCAACAAACCCCGUUGUCCUGGAAGGCCAUUCAUAUUGCCGGCACAAAUGGCAAAGGCUCAAUCAGUGCGUAUUUAUCGCAUCUUCUGACCUCCGGAGGUGUUCGCUGCGGCCGCUUCACCUCGCCGCACCUAAUUGAUCGCUGGGAUUGCAUCACAAUCGAUGAACGGGUUGUUCAGGAAUCGCUUUUUCGACAGAUCGAGGCCAGAGUGAAGCUACGGGAUCAAACAUUGGGCAUUGGGGCAAGCGAGUUCGAGCUGUUGACGGCAACAGCUUUUGAGAUCUUCAAUCAUGAGCAAGUCGAGAUCGGGGUCGUCGAAGUGGGCAUGGGCGGCCGCUUGGAUGCCACAAAUGUCCUAAACAAUGUUUUGGUUUCGGUUAUUGCGAAGAUUGGUCUGGACCAUCAGGCCUUCCUAGGAAACACAUUCGAAGAGAUUGCCCGAGAGAAGGCCGGGAUAUUGAAGCCUGGGGUCAAAUGUGUCGUCGACGGCACCAACUGCCCGGAGGCCAUAGGAGCCAUUAAAGACCGCAUCGCGGAGCUUGACCUAGAAGCUACUAUUGUUCAUCCGGAUUUCCCAGAUGCUGAGUUACCUGCACUUGUCGACUUGUUCCGGCGACAUGAUCUACAACCACACCAGCAAGCGAACAUGUCCUGUGCCGCUGCUGCUUUGAAAGCCGUCCUGCGACAGAUGCGGCCGGGGCUCGAUGCUAACGCCUCAAUUCCCCGGCUCGCUUCCGUGCAAUGGCCAGGCCGUUUACAAAAACUUAGCCUGCAACCUCUCACCGACCGCAAAGAGCCGGUCCUGUUGGAUGGUGCCCACAAUGCCCAGUCGGCUGAGGUUCUUGGGGAAUAUGUUGAUGGCAAAAUGCGCCCGCUGGCAAGGAAUGUCACUUGGGCCAUUGCAGCAUCACAUGGGAAAGAUAUCCGCCCACUGUUUCACUCGAUUAUGAGGCCCGGCGAUGAUGUGGCAAUAACGAGAUUUGGUCCCGUUGAUGGAAUGCCUUGGGUGAAGGCCGCUGACCCUGUUGAACUGUGUUCGUGUGUCCAGGACAUUCCGGGAAUAGGGAAGGUACAAUCAUUUGACGGGGAUAUUCAAGGCGCACUUGAUUGGGCAUGUAGCAGGGCAGGCGGCGGGCCUCUGGUCAUCGCGGGGAGUCUUUACCUCGUGUCCGAUGUUUUGCGUCUACUCAGAGGAGCUAAUGAUUCAUGA